CACGUGGAAGUAAAAAUGGCGGCAGACCGGGAGGGCCUUAAUGUGAAAAGAGAACCAGUGGAUUAUGACAGGGAGGGAUUGGAAAUGCUGUCCGAGGAUGAAGAGGAAGAUGAUUAUGAUGAGCUUUUUGAGCAGUGCUCAAGGACUGACCUAGUCUUCACCUCUGCCUUUGGCAGGAAAAGGCGCCGAAAGAGAGCAAGACAUAGAAAGAGGUCUGCUUGCAGCAAGGCGGCUAAAGCCAAUAAGGAGGAUCCUCUAACCAAAGAUAGCUCUGUAGAUGAGUCUCGAAAUGACUUUACGAAUAAAGGAAAUUUUAAAAACGAUCAGAUGAGUGUUGUCGUGCCUCAAGUAGUAGACAUCGUCGUUGAUUUCACUCAAGCAGCUCCAACUUUCAGUCAAGACUUUAAUGAUAUAGACCGAUUCACGAUGGCACACAGCAAGGAGAAGAGGCCAGCCACAGAUGAUGAUGAUGAUGAUGAUGAAGGAGUACUUGAUAAUGGUGAUAAUAAUGGUGGAUAUGAAGAAGAUGAUGAUAAUGAUUGUUUCAAUUCGGAUGAAGAAAUCAUUGUCACUGACGACAGAUCAGUAACAAUAGCUCCGAUUAAAGUUGUGGAUGGUAAGAUUGUCGUAUUAAUGGACGAUAACAAUAAUCCACUGGAGACUUCAAAAGAUCCGAACGUUUCCAAAGACUCAAACAUUUCCAAAGACUCAAAUAUAGAAGUAAGCCAGGAAGAAGUGGAUGUGAUGGAGGUUAGUUCAGGUGGCAGUCCAACAGAAAAUGGAGAGACAGUAACACCAGGAGAUGCUAUGGGUCCAAUAGUUAACGAGGGAACAACAACAACACCAACGACAACGACAGGUGCUGUGGAUGAAGUUUUAAAAGAUGAUGAUCUUACUCAAGCUGUGGAUGAAGUUUUAAAAGAUGAUAAUCUUACUCAAGCUGUGGAUGAAGAUCUAACUGAGAAUAACGAUGGAGCUAUGACUGAUGGAGGAGGUGUAGCUAAAGGUUUAGAUGGAGAUUUGACAGACAAAAUGGAUGAAGAUUCAUCUGAAGUUAUGGACGUAGGGCUGAGCGAAACAAUGGAUCAAGAUUUAACUGAAGCAGCUGUAGAGAACACUGAGAAGACGCUUGAGGAUUCCUUGACAAGAAAUGAAACUGAUAAUGAUGAUCCUCUUUUGAAAAUGGAUACCUCAGAAUCUAAGAAAGAUUCAGAAGAAAUGGAGACGGUAAGCCACAAAGCACUUGAGGAUCUGUCUAAUGGAGGAGGAGCAAUUGAUUCAAGGACAAACUGUAGCCAAGGACAAGAAGGUGAGGAAGAGAAGGAUUUAGAGCAAAAAGAAGAGAACUCACAGCAACAAGAAGAAGAAGGAGUAGACAAAGAUUUAAAGGAAAAAGAAGACAGGAAUCAGCAGCAGCAGCAAGAUGAUGAUGAUGGAAGUGCCAAGUUACAGGAAGAAGAUCCUAAGGAUUUACAGCAGGAGGGAGAAGAAGAGAGCAUUCUUAAUGGAGGGGAAAGUGGCAAUACUCAAACUGGGACCGUUGGUGCUGCUAUUAUUAGUAACAGUGAUGGUGCUACUAUUAUUAGUAACGAUGACAUCACUGCUAUUAAUAGUAACAAUAACGGAUCUACUAUUAAUGAUGCUGUGACUAUAAAUAGUAACAAUGAUGGUUCUACAGCUAAUGAUGAUGAUGACGACAUUGGCUAUGAAAUCACGCCUAGUUUAGUUCAAAAGUUCCAAUCUUGUUCCGAGUCUCAGGAUCCUAUAGUAUCGAGUAAGAAUGCCGCACCUAAAAGUGACGAAAUGGGUUUUUUUGAUUUUGAGAUAUCGGAGAGCCAAGUGAACAAUAUGGAUAGACCAGAGUCACAGAAACUACCUCCUCUCGUCCCUUCUCAUUCUCUGGCCCCUCCCUCUUUACCUCCUCCUCUUUCCACUUUCCCUCUUCCUUUGGUCAAUGAAUCACAAGAUCACUUAUCAGACCUAAAUGAUGUUCAAAAGGUCCAACCCACUACCGAUCAAACUCGUUCCUGUCCUCGUCAAUCCUCUUCUUCUCCUCCUCCUCUCCCUCCCUCUCUCUCACUUCACCAUUCACCUCCGCCAAAAAGAAGAAAAACCAACAGACUUGAAAUAUCAAGAGGCGGUUCUGAGAUAAGGAAACUCUCUCCUCUAAUCAACAGAGACUCUAUGAAGCUCCCUGGGUGGGACUUACGAGAGAAGAUACCCCAAAAACAGUAUUUCCUGAGAAUUGUAAUUCCUGAGGGAGCUGGAAAGUUCACGUCUUCUGGUCACCUUGUUUUUGACGGAGAGGAAGGGCCAGUGUGGUACCACAGGUUCUGUGUUGCUGGUAAGAGUGGAUCGUAUGGAGGCAUGUCACAUUGCAAGUCCCAACCACCGCAUCCUUGUGCUACUGUACUUCAGAAUACAGCACCAUCAGUCAGCUCAACAAGAACAGCUCAACCUCAAGCAGCCAUUACUUCAUCAAGUAUCUCCAUACCUUCAUCAUUAGUAGCUCCUUUACCCUCUACAACUAAUUUGAUUGGUCUCUCAUCUCUCCCUGCCCCUCCCCCUUCAGCCCCACCCACUGUUGACAUGUCCAUAUAUGAUGAUGCUGUACAGGGUGACGUGGGGGGUGUGUCUCAAGGCACUAAAAAAAUUGUAAUAGAGUCGGAUGAUGAACGUGCAUCAAGUCCUGAUUCUGCUGACCUUUUGAUCAGCACUCGCUGUCCCAAAGACUCUGAAGAAACCUUACCAGCUGCUCCAAUCACAGUGAAUACUUCUACCACAAUCAACUCCUCUUCCAUGAAAGAGAAUACUUCAACUGCUGCAGAGAACCUUCCUUCUGCCUCAAGGGGCACUUCUCCCAUGACAACAAAGAAGGAUACUUCUUCAAAGACAAAGAACAUUUCUACCACAGUCACUUCUCCUGUCACAGUGAAUACUUCUACUGCUGCAAAGAACCUUUCUUCUACUUUAAAGAGCACUACUUCUGUAGCCAAGUGGGACACUUCUUCCAAGGGGAUCACUUCUACCUCAAACAACACAAUCACUACUGCCCCUACAAAGAGCAGUACUGCUCCAGCAAAAAAGAACACUAUUUCUACCACAAAGAACACUACUUCUGCAGCAAAGGGCACUACUGUCACUAAGAAUGCCACCAAGAAUGCUUCUUCUGCUUCCUCAAAAGACACUACCUCUACCACAAAGAAAAGCACUAAUUCUACAGCAAAGAAGAACACUAGUUCUGUCCCCAUAAAGGAUACCACAGCUACUUCUGUCCCCACUAAAGACACUGCUUCUGCAGCAAAGAGGUCUUCACCUGGAGCAAGGAGUAUCACUACUUCUGUGGCAACUUGUGCCUCUGGAGAUGUAGUGUCAAAGAGUAGAGCAUUAGAAAUAAUGAGAGAGUUCUACAUCAAACAAGCUUAUCAUAAUUAUGGUGAAAAGAAUUAAAAGGAAGGAGUAAUGGUUUUAAGAAUAAUGGUGAAAGACAUUUUGAAGUUUAUAAUAGCUAGUUUAUGUUCCUAUGUAGUGUUUUGCAUUCUGUAGUAGGAAUUCACUUAUGAAUUAUUGUUGGAACCUUCA